AGUCAGGGAAUCCAAAAUGGCAGAAGUUAGUGGACGUCUGUUGGACGUUCUUUCGCCCUCUGAGAGCAACUCUCCUUGUGCAUUUUGCCUGAAGAAAAUAUCUAAGUACACGUGUCCCCGCUGUAAUGUUCGUUACUGUUCCAGUACGUGUUAUAAGAGCGAUAAACACUUGCAGUGUUCCGAACUUUUCUACAAAGAUUGCGUCUUACAAGCAUUGAGAGAACAAAAAGGCAGUUUAGAAGACAAGCUAAAAAUACUUGAGAUGAUGAAGAAACUAGAGGAACAAGAUAAAGAAGAGGAGACUUGUGACACUGAGGAUCUAGAGGAACGCUUCCAAGAUAUAGACAUAAACAGUGAUCCAGAAGAGGUUUGGUCAGCGCUGACAGAGGAUGAGCGAAAAGAUUUCGAAUCGGCCGUGAAAAGUGGAGAGAUUUCUAACGUCAUUGACGUUUGGGUUCCGUGGUGGAGUCUAAGGGAUGGAAUUAAAAACAGGAAGAAGAUAGAGGAUUUAAGUAAAGAAAAUGCUGCUACAGAAGAGAUUCAGCCCUCAAAUAAUGAGAAACCUCAAACAGUGGAACAAAACAGAGAUCACAAUAUUCCACCAGUCAAAAGGAAUAUUCCUCCAUUAAGUUCAAUCAUGAAAUCUUCAACUCCAAAUCCAAAUGUUCAGUUCAGUUGUAUUGAUGUCCUCUUCUCCUAUGCUUAUAUCAUGAGACUAUACAAUGGGUGCCCUGAGGACAGUCUAGACCAGGCAGCUGAGGAUUUGUUGCAGCUUUCACCAGUUUUGUCUCAAAAUUCUGUGUUUGAGAGCGUAGAGUCUGUGGUUCAUAAUUCUUUGAGUGUUUUACAACAUUCCAAGGACCUCUGUUGCUCUGAGGAAUUAUCUCAUUUGGUCAUUCUUGAUGUUAUAUCUUUGAUCAGGGGACACAAGGUUAAUGAAGAACAAAGAACAAACUUUGUAGAACAUGCGAUGUCGCAUCUUUGUAGACUUCUCAGCAGAGGAAGGGAAAAACUGAAGCUGAACUCUAAAUUGAACCAGCAAGAAGAACAUUUGUGUAAAUCCCUAUGGCUUGCAAAAAAGAAAGCAGAGUUUUUGUUAGCAUGGGUUCACUCGAACACUGUCAUCUUGGAAUCCCUUGCUCUUGAUAUACAAGUGAUACAUGCAGAAGUGUCCAUGUCCUAUAAACAGCAUAAGGAACAAACAGAAAACCUAGAGCAGGCAUGGGGAGGAUCAAAGCCACCAAAGAAAGCAUCUCUUAUCACUGAAAUGUGAACUUGUAGCAUUAAGUCGUAAUCUGAAGAUGGGUCUGUCUGACAUCUCCCCUAGGGGUGUCUAGGGAGAUGUUUUACGGGAAAAAUAUCUUGGGAGGUUUUCUCAUCUUAGGAGGCUUUCUAAUGACCUCUAAUCUUAGGAAGUUUUCUACAUUAUCACUUCCCAAUUCUUAUUUGUGUCUGUGGUAGAAAUAAAGCAGUCAGUCAGAAAGCUUAUUUCUUCUUAUUCACCCUUUCCAGCAUCUAAAAUCCCACAACAGGCUAAGAAGCUCCCUUUGCUUGAUUCUCUGAGGAAAGGAUUACCACCUAGCAUCAAGCUUUUUGACUGGUUACUGUGCAGUGUCCCCUCAAAGUAGUUUCAAAGAUGUAACAAAGUUCAGCAUUCUCAAGUGCUCGAGUAUUGCCCCAGCAAGAUCUGUGGCCAGAAUAUACUUGGAGUCUCUGCAUUCGAGUAGAAAUGCAUGAUUAUGGCUAAACAAUGUGGCUAACCAAGGCAUGGACUGAAUAAAUGGACAAUAGUGCGUGAA